AUGGUAUGGCAGAAGUGGAUAAAACCUGUUUUUAUUGCACUUUAUACCAUUGCCUUAUGUAUCGGUCUUCCAUUCUGUAUUGUCGCCCUGAAAAAUGAAUCCGCCAGUUCUAUGACAUUUGCCCGGUUCAUUGGCGGUGUGUUUGUCCUCGGAGCUAUUCCGAUUUCGAUUUGGACUAUCUUGGAGCACCUGAUUAGCUAUACAAAGCCAUAUUUGCAAAUACACAUUAUCCGAAUCUUGUGGAUGGUCCCCAUAUAUGCAGUUAACGCAUGGUUCGCUCUCCGAUUUCCCCAAUACGCAAUUUACUUUGACACACUUCGCGAAUGCUACGAAGCUUACGCCAUUUACAACUUUCUGGCGUUUCUGUUGAACUACCUUCGGAAAAAGGACGCCAAUUUGAAUAACCACCUGGCUUCCGUCCCCCAGGUGAAGCAUAUUGUCCCAUUUUGUUGCCUGAAACCCUGGCAGAUGGGAAGACCUUUUAUCGAACACUGUCGUCAUGGCGUUUUACAGUAUACUGUCAUCCGCCCCAUUACCACAAUUAUAGCUCUGAUAUGUGAAGUCUGCAAGGUAUAUGAAGAGACGAAUUUCAGUCCAAGAUACGCCUAUGUGUACCUCACUGUAAUCAACAACAUUUCGCAAAUUUGGGCACUCUACUGCCUGGUACUCUUCUAUCAAUGUACUCGGGCCGAGUUGAAGGAGAUGAAGCCGAUUUCAAAGUUCAUUUGCGUCAAGUUUGUCGUUUUCAUGUCAUUUUGGCAAUCUGUCCUGAUUUCCAUUCUCGCUGCUUCUGGAGUGAUACGUCGUGUGGAGGCAUGGAAACUGGAAGAUGAACGAUCCAUUGGUAUUGCAUUUCAGAAUUUCGCAGUGUGUAUUGAGAUGUUCAUUGCAGCGGUGGGACAUCACUUCGCCUUCACCGCGGCACCCUAUCACGACGCUAGUGUGCCUCGCACGCCUUGUUGCUACUCAUGGUGGUCGAUGCUCGACAUCUCCGAUGUCAAACGCGACGUCGUCCAGCACGUUCGACAUGUCGGCACCACAGUCGGUUUCAUUGGGUCUGCCAGUCGUCUCUUCCAGCCAUUGCCUCGCACAUCCGUGGUGCCCGGAUUGGCACGAUCUCGCGCCUUCGCUGCCGCGUCUUUGGAGAGAGAUAGCAGCAGCCGAAUUAAUGCCGGGGUAGACAUCGAGUCCCAACCUCUCAUACCUGCAGAAGAUGACGAGAAUGCGAGCAAAAGUAGUAGAAGGAAAGGGACUCUCUCACAUCACCACUGGCCUCCCGAUCGCCUGGCGCCUGAUACGCCCUGGGGCGAUGAUGAUGGUGACGAUAGCCGUGAUGAGAAACAUGCGUUGAGGGAGGAAGAAGAGGCGGAUAAUGAGGAAGAUGAAGGUGGCUUCGUUUUUGUCCGUCCGGAGUUCAUCAGCGUGCCCCAGGAGUCACCGAUUAUGCCUCGAGGAAGAAGGUUGAUGGUGCCAAAAUCAACCAAAGGUGACUCGACACGGCAGGUUUCGCUCAUGGCGUUUGUCCGACCGACCACAGUAACGACCGCAGGCGCGGAGCCAGGCGCCUCGACGAGCGCUGGACCGCCAGAGCCAGCCUCUCCUGAGCCCAACACAUCGAUAAUUUUUGGCACUCCCGAGGCCUCAAUCGCCCCUGCCAAGGGCUUUAAAUCCUCCACCGGUGACAUUGUCCAACCUCCCCUUCCUACACGACCCCAGCCCUCCUCCUCUACUCGAUUGUACCGAAAGCCACGUAGAUCCAGUUUUGUGACUCAACGUCACAUCCUCGUUAUGGCAAAACGAGCCGCUGAGGGUCGUACUGAUGCCGUCUCUCGCGAGGGUGAUUACAAUGGUCUCAACUACGCUCCGAUUCAGCAAGUCAAUUUCGGUGCUCCUUCCUCCCGCACCACAAUUGCGAGUCAGCGUGCUAGAAAGAUGGUUCAAAUGGCAGUCAGUAAGGGCUCACAGAGCAAAACUCGUCCAACGAAACGAGUUGCUAGUGAUGUUGCCGAAGCUUCUACGGAUAGAAGUGUCGUCUUCGAGGAUGGCAGCGAGGCCGCACCGCCAUUGACCAAGGCGAGACAGGCCCCGAACCUGGACAGUCAGGAGAUGCAUGUUUUGAAUGAGGUUUUUAGCAAUUGUGUGGAUAGUGGUGGGUCGCCAAAAGCGAACUCUGGGUUGACUGUGCGUUCGAGCAUGGAGAAGAAGACACUUAAAGAAUCUUCAGUGGAGAACGUUGUCUUGGAAUCAUCCUUUGUUGAUGCAUUAGAUGAAGAAUGGGGGAGUGUAUUUAAUAACCAAGCGGAACUGAAAACACAAGUCCCUCUCACUUCUGAAGUGAAACGACAUCCAUGGUAUCGAUGCCGAGUGAUGGAGGUCACGGAAAGUGGCGCACUUAUUAGUGGUUCUUCAUUUCUUGAAGCCUCGAAACACUUUGAGCUGACCACGGAAAAUUUUGAGUUCAUGGAUGGUGCUCGAACACGGCCAUUCAAAAGUAGUCUCUACGAUUUGUCUGGAUACGCAGGCAUCCCCCACAGUUCAUCUCUCGGGAUCGUGGAACGAAGAUCACGUGACACUUAUCUGAUUCCAACGGGAAGACCUCCGAAUUUGAUGAUUGUGGUGUGGCCCGUAGAUGUCGAUGUGAUCGAAUUAAUGGGCUUGACGAGACUCUACAGGGAAUGCAUUUAUAACACUCAGUUUCCACAGGAAUACCUAUUUGGAGGUGAAGGUAAUUCAACGAAGUACACAGUGUACGACACACCACUUCAGGCGGGCGAUAUAAUCAAUCUGAUCCCCAGUUCCAUCGGGAUCGAAUCAACUACCACGUCCCCAUUUUCCACGUGGAGCCUCUCCGAUGACCCACUGCCGUCCGGUGUCACUACUCCUCCCCUUCUUGUCCUCCAUCCCGAGAUACUCAUAUCGGGCACCACGGUGGCUGCCUCAGCCAGAGGAUGCGCUCGACGAGCGGUGCUGCAACACCUCUGGGAUAGAGAUGAGGCAGAGUCGACUAUAGUGAGAUCUUCUGACUUUGAUUCUACCACCUCGACGUCGUUAUCUGAAGGCGGUAUAAUGCUCGUGGGCAGCUUGGUACACAGGAUCUUCCAGCAGUCCUGGCUGCUUCUGGAGGAGGACUUUUCCUUGUACAAGCUGGGUUUGUAUCGGGUAGAUAUGUCUCGUGCGGUGCAGGCAAUGAGUGUAGACCGACAUUCUGCCAUCGUUGACCGCAUCACCACGAAUCUGGUCGGUGAAUCACCUCCGCGCGGUAGUGGCACCAGGACUGGAGCUUUACAGUGCGACACUGGUGUUGUCAGGCAGCAAAUGUCGGGGAAUCCGUCAACACCUCAGGCAGCUCUCUUCCAUGACCUUAUCAUACCGUCCACAAUUCUCCAACUGCACGCCAUGGGUGAUUCGGUUGAGAAGUUUUGUGAAUCGCUGAAUUUCUUCCUACCAAAGAUUAACCAAUGGGUAAAACAGCAUUGCGUCGUUAACUCUGGCACCUCAUGCGCCUGGUCCAGUGGCACCAACAUGCCGGUGAUAAAGGAAGUCUUUGAUAUUGAGGAGAAUAUUUGGUGCACCAAACUUGGUGUCAAGGGGAAGAUUGAUAUGACCGUUGUUUGCUCAACCAACUCACAAGCGCCGCCCUUUCUCGUUCCUUUGGAGUUGAAAACAGGGAAGCCAUCCUUCUCCUUUGAGCACCAAGGCCAGGUCCUCCUCUACCUUCUCAUGCUCGCCGACCGCCAUGCCGAUCGCAUCGUCAAUGUCGCCAACUACGGUUGGCUUGUCUACCUUCGUCACAUGGACCAAUCUGAUCUUUCGGGACUGGUCAAACCACAGGCAAACAGUUUUCGAGGCCUACUUCAGACUCGAAAUUAUCUUGCAGCGUCGUUGAGACACCUCACAUCACGGGAAGGGUUGAUGGUGGAGGGAGAGGAGACAAAGCUUUGGGAGCUGCCACUUCCACCCCCUCUUGACAGGGAACGUCUCUGUUCGUGGUGUCCAUACUUUUUCACGUGUGGGCUGCUUCGUGGACAGAGUACGCCGCCUCCUUCGGACGUAUCCAUGCGGCAUCUUCUGGAGAGUCGCGUGAGGCACGUUGGAGCGGAUUGCAUGUCCUUCCUGCGCCACUGGACCCGUCUUCAGCUGCUUGAGUAUACCUCAGCAAAUCGAGUCGACAAAGUUCUUGUUCAAAUUGCUGAAGCGGAAGAUGGGGAGGAAAAGGAGAACCGAGUUAAGAACGGGAGCGGUAUUCGUGGAUUGGUAAUUCAAGACAGCAUCAAGUCAAAUUACGAGCAGGAAUUUUCGAUCUACCUCCGAAGACAUGACAGCGGUCCAAUUUCCACCCAAGGUUUGUCCGUGGGUGACUUCGUGAUAGUCAGCAGCGACAACGGUCGUCACGUGGGCCUCUGUCUGGCCUCCCUCACCGCCUUCUCUACGACCCUCAACACCCUGACCAUCACCACCGACAGUUAUGACGCCGGCUCCAGCGAUUCCCAGCCCACAGCACGUCAGCCAGGCACUUUUGUUCAACCUUUACCCUCCUGGAUCAUGCGAUUUCGUCUGGACCGAUAUGUCUCCGACAAGACCACGCAAAUCAACCUCUCCAACCUGAUGAGAUUGAUGGAAAACUCGAAGCUGUGCUCCCGACUAAGACAGUUGAUAAUUGAUCGGACUUGUCCACGAUUCACAAAGUCGUUGAAGAAAACGACUCUGCUGCAAAUUCGAAAGCUUUUGCGACCUCUGAAUAUUCACCAACGUUGUGCCAUUCUCUCCGUCCUCAUGUCCAAGGACUACACCCUCAUCGAGGGAUUUCCAGGCUCAGUUUGGCGUUUCCGCUUUAAACAUGGCAGGAAGAGUAAUAAAAUUAUUAUAAUUAGUCUGUGUGUUGAUGAGUGUGGGUCCUGUCGAGCUCCCGAUCAGAGCAAUUAUGAGGCAAAGAUUCCAACAUUGAUGUCUUUAUUUGCAGACGAAAUUAACCACGAAGAGGAAAACCUACAGAAGUUCGAAUCAGGAACGUUUUCUUACAUCGCGGGUAUCCCUACCAGGGCUGAUAUGUCUCUAGUCUUGCAUGGACCCAAUUCAAAAGCUUGGCAUCAAUUGGAACGGAAAAACGGAGACACUAGCCGUCCUCCUGCGUUGUCUUGCAGUGCUAGGAAAGAAGACUUUGCUCAUCUCUCACACCCACUCGCCGUGGACAAUGUUCUUUUGAGGCUUCUCAAGGAUUCAGAAAUCAAAUUUGUUCGUCUGGGAGCCUACGAGAAGGUCAAUCCACUUCUACAUUCCCACAAUCUUGAAAGCCAACUUUCAGAGGAAAUUUCAAAAGCCUCCAUCAAAGCAGAUUUGAAUAAGGCUACUGCUGAAUGCUCACGUCUCGUCAAAUUCAUCGACGAAGUCAUGGCCAAAGCGGCUAUAGUUGGUUGCACGGCGCUAGCUGCAGCGGGUCACGAGGCCUUGGAAAGGUGUCAAUUUGAUGUGGUCGUGGUGGACGAGGCAACACAACUCCUUCUACCCACAACUCUGGGUGGACUGCUUAAAUUGAAUGCCAAUUCGGGACGGUUUAUCCUUGCAGGAGAUGCCAAUCAGUUACCUCCAUUAGUCCACUCCAACGCCGCUAGAGAAAGCGGAUUUGACACUAGUCUCUUUGCCCUUCUGUCUCCGAUUGCGCAACACUACGCGGACACUCAGGCGCCAGAGGAGGUGGAUGCAAUGGGCAGUUGUCUUGUGCAACUGAGGGCGCAGUAUCGAAUGAACUCCCAGAUUCUACAUUUAGCAAAUACCCUAUUUUAUGAUGGCCGAAUGCAAUGUGCCUCAGAUGAAGUGGCCAACCGGACAUUAAAGCUACUGAAGGUUGUUGAUCCGCCGAAGGGCUGGCUCACUCGGGUUCUUUCACCGGAUCUUGCCGACUCCGUCAUACUUCUGGAUACUCAGGGUAUUUGUAACCUUGCUGCCUCCCCCUUCGACGCCAAUGUGAACUAUCGAGAAAUUGAGAUUGUAAAGGAAGUAUUUACGAAUUUGACUCAGCGAGGCGUGGAGGCGGAUGAAAUUGGAGUGAUAGCCCCUUAUCGCGCGCAGGUUGAUGCCUUGCGUCAGUGUCUCCACGGCAAAAGUAGUAUCAAUGGCGAUGGUGGCAGUGAUCGUUGCUGCAUUGGGUUGGUGGAAGUGAGCACCGCUGACCAGUUUCAGGGUCGUGAUAAGUCUCUCAUCAUCGUCUCCUUCGUUGACUGCCUCCAAUCCCGGUCCCAGCACGAUAUUGAUAAAAGACGAUCUUUCUCCUCCCUUUUGAAUGAACGACCACGUCUGAAUGUCGCUCUGACCCGAGCCAAGCAAAAGCUAAUUCUCAUUGGUUGUGGCGGCAACCAUUCAAGGUCACACGAGGUCAUGCAGCAAACACCCACUGUCCUGGAGCAAAUGCUCACUGUUCUCCGUCAGAUGUCUGCCGUUGUGCCUAUCUCCCCUACUCAUGCAUUAUGCUGA